AUGGCCUUGUUGAUAAGUCGAAACGAAGAAGGCGAGCGUAUAUCAGCAAUUGCGAAUCGCCUGCCUCCGAUACCUGUCCAUGGCUUUACAAAGACGAUCCAAGCAAUAACAUAUGUUAUAACUAUCUUAGCUACGAUAAUCGUUGCACUGCGCGUCUACGUGCGGGUGCGACUUUCAGGAUCACAACGAGCAUGGGGCUGGGAUGACAUUUUCGCUGUAGCUGGCUGGGUUCCUCUUAUCCCCUCUGUCGUCUUUCUCAUUCUAGCAACCUACUAUGGUUUAGGUGCCCAUGACGAUCAUGUGCCUGAUGGAAUGCUCAUCUAUUACCAGGUCAGGGUUAAGAGCUACAUGUUUUUGUUUGAGAUGAUUUACUUUGCCUCAUCCAUUUUAACGAAGCUUGCCAUGGCCAUUAUGAUCCUGAGGCUAAGCUCUACUCGGACCUACGUGUACAUCAUUUGGGGGAACAUAGCCCUGCUAUCUGUGAAUGCUCUUGUGUGUUUAAUCAUCAUGUUCGCAAGUUGCUCGCCUCUUCCGGCCUUAUGGAACGAGAAGCUUGGCUAUUGUCGUCUCAAAGACGGCUGGAUCAUUAUUAGUUAUGUCGGCUCCGUAGUUUUGGCCAUGGUGGAUUGGACCUGCGCAAUCACCCCGUUCUUCAUGCUGCGACGUCUUCAAAUGCCAACGCGAAGGAAGGUUUCAGUCCAGAUCAUUCUCAGCUUGGGUAUCAUUGGUAGCGCCGCUGGUCUAGUUCGCCUGGGAUAUUAUCAUGCUUAUGAUACUGACAAGUAUCCACACGAAUCUCUAUAUAAUUGGGGUUCAACAAUUCUGUGGUCGCUCCUAGAGGCAGGUUUGGGUAUCAUCAGUUGCUCAUUGCCUCCACUCCGUCGCCUUUUCAAGAAGUUCUACCAAGGUUCAUCUGGACAGUCUGACAUGAAGUCUGGACCAGGAACAACCGAUGUAAGAAACCCCUCCCAGGGGGAUGCUCUGAAGUGUCGCUAA